AUGCGCCCUAACUUGUCCGCUCAGAUCGUAGGCGCAGGUCUUGCGCUCACCGUUCCCUUCGUCAACGCACUGUCUCCACGCACGGAGAUCUCCGACUCGUACGAUUUUGUUAUCAUUGGAGGAGGUCAAGCUGGCCUCGUCCUGGGUGGUCGUCUGUCUGAAGAUUUGAAUCAUACAGUUUUGGUUCUGGAGGCUGGGGAGAACGGAGAUGCUUAUCGAGAGCGCAUUGAUACCCCAGCGGAUUCCUACUUUGAUUCCCUAUGGACUACUCCUUUGAACUGGGCAUAUUACACAGUCCCGCAGGCCAAUGCAAACGACCGUGAAAUUGAGUGGCCUCGCGGCAAGACCCUUGGAGGUAGCUCCGCCAUCAAUGGAUUGUAUAUGACGCGUCCUGGCGAGUACGAGAUCAAUGCCUGGAAAGACAUGCUCGGUGGUAUGGAUGGCGCCGACAAUUGGGGCUGGGACUCCUUCUACGCCGCCAUGAAGAAGAGCGAGACGUUCGACGCGCCAAGCGAUGACAUCGCUUCACAAGCUGACAUUUCGUGGGAUGCGUCAACCCACGGUAGCAGUGGUCCAAUUCAUGCCUCAUACCCGGGCUUCACAUUCGACCAAGUUGGACAGUGGACGCCUGCUCUGGAGGCCCUUGGUGUUGCUGCCUCGACCCAGAUGUAUGGAGGUGAGAAUUGGGGUGCUGAGGUCUCAACCUCUUGCAUCAAUCCUUCCAACUGGACUCGUUCCUACAGCCGAACUGGAUAUCUCGACCCACUUGCAGACCAUGGCAACUAUGAUGUGCUCGCCAAUGCUCAUGUCACUCGCAUCAUCUUUGACAGUUCUUCUCCCUCGGACAAUCUCACCGCGAACUCUGUGGAGUACACCACCGAUGGUGGAUCUACCUUCCUAACUGUCAACGUGACGAAGGAAGUGAUCCUCACCGCUGGCUCUGUCAACAGCCCGGCAGUCCUAAUGUACAGUGGUGUGGGCCCCAAGGACGUUCUAUCCGACGCCGGUGUUGAUCUCGUUUCUGAGCUUCCUGGUGUUGGCCAACACUUGCAGGAUCAUAUCAGUGCCACUCUCACAUGGACCACCGAUGUGGAUACCGCAGGUUCCAUCUACUACGACAACCUCACUGAGAAGUCCAACUCUCUCUUCUACUCAUACAUUGACUCCGCCAUCGCCUACGUCAACGCUUCCUUCCUAGACGUCGAGGAUAUGGAGACAACUAUCUUGAACUCGAUCGAUCAGUACGCGCCCAACACCACCUAUGACGCCGGGGUUCUUGCUGGCUACAAGGCAAUCUGCAACACCACUGCCUCCAAUAUCAUGAAGAGCCCUACAGGUUUGAUCGAGCUGCUGUUCAUGAACAGUGAUGCCAGCGGCGUUGUUGGUAUCACUGCCGCGCUGCAGCACCCCUACAGUCAUGGCCGUAUCUACAUCAACUCCUCAAACCCCGUCGAUAACCCCGUCAUCGACCCGAACUACCUGAACAACACUGCCGAUUACGAGAUCCUUCUCGCAGGCCUCAAAGUGGCACGCAGCCUCGGCCAAACUUCUCCGUUGAGCAGCAACCUCACUGGCGAGACGGCUCCAGGUUCAUCCGUCACCACUGAUGAAGAAUGGCUGGACUGGAUCCGUGACGAGGCUGGUACCGAAUUCCACCCCUCUUCUUCCUGUGCCAUGCUUCCUCGUGACCAGGGUGGUGUCGUUGAUGCCAAUCUUCGUGUCUAUGGCCUUGCCAACGUCCGAGUCGCAGACGCCAGUGUUCCCCCCAUUGCUUUGUCAACCCACCUGAUGGCCUCGACAUACGGUCUGGCCGAGCAGGCCAGUAACAUCAUCCGGGAUUUCUAUAACCCCAAGCUCUCGGCAACAAACACUUCCACCAGUGCCGCCUCCACUAUCAGCAACAACAUCAGCACUAUCGCUCCUAAGAAGAGUAACGAUAGUCCCGCUGGCUAUAGGAGUGCCACUUUCCAGAUAUGGGCAUCUGCCAUGAUCGUCACCGCUCACGUCGCGGUCGCCUUCAACCUAUUCCUUUAG